CGAUCUGCGGCAGGUGAUGAAGACAAUCUUGUGCAAUCAAACGGUGAUUGGUGUCCCGAUAACGUUUGCUGGCUACUAUGGAACAAUCCGUGAUUCGGUGCCGGACGUACGCACGCUACCCUCGGUGUAGUUCGGUGUGAUCUUGCGCGAUCUGGUCGUGUGUGUCUUCUUUGCCGAGAUUGGAUUUUACUACAUGCAUCGAUUCUUGCACCUCAAGCCACUGUACAAACUGGUGCAUAAAAAGCACAACGAAAGGACGGGCACCGUUUGCUUCGACCGCUAUGUACUGCCAUCCGAUCGGCCACAUCAUCAGCAAACAUGAUCCCACCAAAGAUCGGCAUACAGCUCAUGAAGGCGCACAUCUUCACCACUGCCAUCUGGUUUCCGUUGGUAAUCCUUAACACGAUUCGGGAUCAUUGUGGCUACCAUUUGCCGUUCUUUCCCAGCUCCGAGUACCACGAUUAUCAUCACGCGAAAUUUACUGAGUGCUUCGGAACGUUCGGGUAUCUCGAUUGGUUGCACGGGACGGACACAACGUUCCGGAAGUCAAAGCAGCACCAGCGUCAUCGUACACUUUGGGGCAUUAAAUCGGCCCGAGAGUUGUAGCCGGAUAGUUAAUCCGAAGCCACCUGUUUGCCAUCCAAAGCUUACGAGUGAGGGUGGUAAGGAAUACCUCGUACUAAAACAUCCAUCGUUCUUUCGUCUUUCUAGCUGUUCUAUUUAAUUACAAACUCAUGUAUUCAAUAAAACCGUUUGGGGGCUCUUCAUCCAAUACGCAUAAUGCUAGGAAACAUAGAAACAAUUCGGCAUUUUACUGGGACCUUUUCUCUACUCAUUUGCUAAACAUUGAUAAUAAACUCAUUUCCGAUUUUUUGGUGUAUACAUUGUAAUUUUAAGCAAGCAGUAAGUAUUUAAUUUAGAUUUAUUUUAAACGUUACCACGUAAGUUUUCAACCAGCAUACACGGGUGUUACAUACAUUUUGUAUGGAGCAUGACGUUCCUCUUCUGCUUCUUUUCUUAUUGUGCUUAUUUUUGAGUAAAAUUCAAUGGACUUAAAAUUUAAAAAUGAAUCGUUAGUUUUAUC